GCUGUUAAAAUGAGUGAAACUACAUCUACCAACUUUUCUGUGGCUCAGGCGAAUUCCUCAGACAGUGCACAUGCCGGAUAUGCACGAUUCUCACAUUUGCGGGAACCUGCUUCCACCAGGAGAGUUUGUUUCUAUAAAAGUGGAGACCCCCAGUUUAAUGGAAUAAAGAUGGUUGUAUCCAAUCGGUCCUUCAAGACAUUUGAUGCCUUGUUAGACACCUUGUCUAAAAAAGUCCCUUUGCCUUUUGGCGUUAGGAAUAUUUCUACACCCCGUGGAAUACAUCAUAUAACCUCCGUUGAUGAACUCGAAGAUGGAAAAUCUUAUAUUUGCUCCCAUCAUAAAAAGAUAAGGCCCAUCAACCUAGAAAGAGCAAGGAAAAAGCCAUUAGUGUGGCAAAGCAGCAGGCCAAUUAGCGCUCGCCGCCUUGCUGUUCAGUUAGCUCAACAAAAAGAGGUUGCACCAUUUCAAAAAAAGAACACAGUAGUGUUGGGGAGCUCAAAGAAAAUCAUCAUUUUAAAAAAUGGAGACCCUGAAUUUAAACACCAUUUCAUCCUCAACAAAAAGACUAAACAAAGCUUUGACUCCUUCCUGGAUCAGGUGGCGGAGGCGUUGCAGUACCCAGUUUCCAAGCUGUACAGCUCUGAUGGACGAAGGAUUCUUAGCAUUCGGGCUCUUUUGCUGAGUUCUGGAACAGUGGUGGCAGCAGGACGAGAGUCCUUCAAAUAUGCAAACUAUGAACCUGGAAAGGAAAUACUGCCUGUAAAACUACCAGGUAUUUCCAGUCGGGUACACCCAAAAUUAAGAUCCAAGCAAGAGAUGAAAACCCACGGAAAAUGGAGAGUGUCCAUCUUAACUAGUGACAUACCCUCUGCUGGAUCCACUUCCCAAGUGUACGUUAUCUUCUACGGAAACAGAAGAGCUUCUCAACCAAUUUUUCUUAGUAACGAUAAGGAAGAUGUCUUUCAAAGUGGUAACGAGGAUGAUUUUGAUGUUACAUUUGGAGAUAUAGGAGAAAUAUUCAAAAUACGUAUUGGCCACAACAAUUCUGGAGAAUCACCAUCAUGGCACUUACAAGAGUUGCAGUUGUUAAACCUGAUCUCAAAUGAGAAACUGUGCAUCAAAGUUGACCGUUGGCUCUCAAAGGACCAGGAUGAUGGAGAAAUCUGCAGAGAGUUUCCAGUAAAGCAACAUUAUAAUACAGAACUUCCAGUGACAAAAUAUGAAAUUCAUGUAGUAACUGGUGAUCUGUGGAAUGCAGGAACCGAAGCAAAUGUCUUUAUUUCACUACAUGGAGAAUAUGGUGACACAGGAUCCCGGCAACUGCUCAGGUCAAGCAAACCCAGCAAAUUUGUUAAAGGACAAACUGAAGUCUUCUCCUUGGAAGCGGUAUAUCUUGGGAAUAUAGACAAACUGAUCAUAGGUCAUGAUGGAUUUGAGCCAGGUAGGGGGUGGUAUUUAGAGAAGAUAAUUGUGCACGAUCUACUAAAAGAUAAGGAAUACACUUUUUUCUGUUACAGAUGGCUGGAUAAAGGAGAAGAAGAUGGAAAAAUUGUAAGACAACUAUACGUUGCCAAUGAGGGGGAGUUUCCAGCAAGCCAAGAGCUUGAACUGAAAAGAAAACUAAUAUGGCAAGCAGAAAAGUGGAAAUACCAGCAAGAAAAUACACUGCAGUUCUAUUGCAGAACAACAAAGAAAUUUAUCCGCCUCACACCUGGCUGCAAAGUUGAUGCUCUUGGCAAUAAAAAGGAUAAAUAUGGGCUUUUUGAUGUGACGAAAAAAAGAGGAAAUGUUUGCAUUUUUAGCAGUCAUCAGAUCAGGAACCUUGCUUUGGCGAUUGACAGCGGCUUUGUCACUGGAAUGGACAAUACAGGAAUUCUGUGUGAACUGCAAGUGCAUCUUCAGUUAAAUCAUUGUGUUUUGUUGGAGUCUAUGAGAAUGCCAGGUGUCACAGUUUCUUUUGAUAGCGAUGGUGAACCAGCUGGUGGCAACACAGGUGGAUAUGCAGGAAUCUGCAAGGAGUUCGUUGUGCAUGUGAAGGGAAUUUUCCACAGUGGUGCUGUAAUUGUACUGACAACAAGCUGGAGUCAGGCAUUAUGUAUAAGGCCUGGUGGAUUCUGCAGUGGGGCUGGAAAGCAAAGUGAAGACUCCUAUUGGAGAGUGCAUAGGAUUGGUUCUGCCAUGUAUAUGUUUGAAAGUGUUUUAAAACCUAGACAAUAUCUAAGGAUUCAGAAUGACCAGUGUGAUGGAGAGGGAAUGGGGGAUGAGUUUUGCCAUUUCAAAGUGGAGAGAAACUUGGAAAAUGGAUCAGUGACUCUGGAAUCUGUAAGAAACAGAGGGAUUUAUGUUGGACUUCUGCCCAGUGGAUUAGCAAAACCAAUGGUUCAUACUGGAGAAAGCAACUUUAUGUUCUACCCAAAAGUCAUCAAGUAUGGCAGGGAAAAACCUAUGGGGACAUCGGCAACACCCAGUCUUAAAAAUGAAGCUAUCAAUAAACAUGAUAAUGAUAUAAAAGAUCAAGAGCCAGCAGCCCUGAGCCCAUCUACAUCUCCACCAUUGAGUAAAACAAAGACCGAUGACGAUGAAGAAGUUCCCCAAUCAUCAAAAGAAUGGAAAGUUUCUGUAUUGACAGGCAAUGUUGGGACUUCAGCCGAUGUAACCUUAUGGGUAUAUGGGGAGAAAGGAACAACUGGUCCAAUAGCUCUGCAGAAAGAUAGAAAAGAAAAGACAUUUUUACCUAGACAAGAAGAUGAGUUCAUGGUGGAAAUGCCUAAAGUAGGCAAAAUAUACAAGAUAAGGAUUGGACAAAAUGGAACAGGAGAUCAGCCUGAAUGGAAACUAGAGAGGAUAACUGUGCAGAGACUAAAAAAUGGCAAAACAUACUAUUUCCAAGCUAACAGGUGGCUGUCAAGAAGAAGAGAUGGCUGUGAUAUUGUGUGUGAGCUUCCAGCCAUAGAAAAUGGUCAACCAGUUUAUCCAGCUGUGAAGUACGACGUCAGCGUUUACACAGGGCUUUUGGAAAAUGCUGAAACAGAUGCGCCUGUUUACAUGUGUAUCCAUGGCGACAGAGGAGAUACAGGCAAACGACUCUUAUUUAAGUCUGAUUUGCCGCACAAAUUCCAAAAAGGACAGGUUGAUGUGUUUGAGAUUGAAGCAGUGUCACUUGGGAAGCUACAUCAAGUGCUCCUAGGCUGUGAGGCCAAUCACAAGUCCCACUAUUGGUAUUGUGAGAAAGUAAUUAUCAGGGAACAGGGAGAGAAGCCUGAAUAUAUCUUCAACUGUGAAAGAUGGAUUCCUUUCAUGUCUCAGGGCAAACUUCAAUCAGAAGUCAAGCUUUCCAUACAAGAAUUGCAAAGUUCACCGAAACUGAAAGAACACAGUAAAAGAGAUGAAGGAGACUGGAAGAUUACAGUUGUCACUGGAAAUUGCCAUGGAGCUGGAACUGAUGCAACAGUGCUUCUUUAUGUGUAUGGGGAGAAGGCAGAAUCAGGUCCAAUCAUUUUGGGAUCUGGAAAGGAUCAACUCUUCGGUAAGAACAGCGCAGAUACAUUUCAGAUUAAUUUAAAGAAUCUGGGUAAGAUGUAUAAAAUUCGCAUUGGACAUGACAAUUCUGGAGAGGACCCUGACUGGUAUCUGGAGGAAGUAAAAUUUCAGAACCUGUUAUCAAACAGAGAACUUUAUUUAUCAGUAAAUCGAUGGCUUGGGGAGGGCAAAGAGGAUGGAGACACAUGGAGAGAAGUUUCUUUUCCAACAAAUGGAAUUACUCAGUUAAUGUUACUGGACUAUGAAAUUCAUGUAUAUACUGGAGCCAUUACUAAUGCGGGUACAGACUCCAAUGUAUAUAUCAACUUGUUUGGAGACAGGGGAGAUUCAGGGAAGAGGAAGCUACACAAGAGUCUGAAUCAAAAAGUCAGGUUCCAAAAAGGACAGGCAGAUAUAUUUUGCAUUCAAGCUAUUUCCUUGGGAACACUUGGAAAAAUCCAAAUAAGUCACCAUGGGACAGGACAAGGGAAUGGAUGGUUCCUAGAAAAAGUUUUCGUGCGAUACAAGGAGGAUGAAAUAAAACAAGAGGUUCUCUUUCCAUAUAACAGAUGGGUGAAUGAGUCCAAACAAGAUGGGACGUCUGAAAUAGAGUUGUUUCCUGCAGAAAAGGAGUAUCUGGAAGAACAUGUCAGUAAAGGGAUGAGAUGGAACAUACAAGUCAAAACUGCCAAGGAUUCCUCCCAGAUUAAAGGAAUGAAAGUACUCUUGGUGAUUUACGGCACACAAGGGAAAAGUGAGGACAUUCUGUUGUCUCCCCAAGAACAAGCAGCAAAGUGUUUUCUUCCUGACACUACAGAUGAGUUUGUUGUGGACUCCGUUGAUGUGGGAGAAGUGUACAAGAUACGAAUUACCUGUAAUAAUGUGCCUGUUUCUAUUAGAUGGCAUUUAACAUCUUUAUAUAUGGUGGAAUCAAAAUCUCAGCAAGAUCUGACUUUUAUUUGCAACAGCUGGUUUUCUGUAGACAAUGAAGGGGAUGAAGCUGUGAAAGAAUUCCCUGCUGUGAACAAAGGGCUAGAACCUCUGCCAGUAUAUACAUAUGUUGUUUCCAUACAUACUGGGGAUCACUGGGGAGCAGAAACUGAUGCUAAUGUCUAUGUAACCCUCUAUGGAGAGAAAGGAGACACUGGUGUGAGGAAAUUACAAAAAUCUUUGAUGCCCGGAGAUAUGUUUACACGGUGUAAGACUGAUUCCUUCAUUGUGGAAGCUGUUUCUUUGGGUGAGCUCAGAAAGGUGGUCUUAGAACAUGAUGGAGAAGGCUAUGGAGCUGGGAUGUAUUUGAAAAUGGUCACUGUUAAAGAAUCUCAAGACUCUUCCAGUGAAUGGAUAUUUCCAUUUUGGAAUUGGCUCGACAGUCAUCUGGCUGCAUGCCAAACAACUUGCGAGUUACAGACAACAGGAAGACGAUUAUCUAGGAACCCCGAGCCAUACAAAAAAUCAGGAGGCUUAUGGGUAAUAGACAUCACUGGCUCUGAGUAUAGCAGUUCGGGAAGCCCAGCCAAAUUCAUGUUGGUCUUUUCAGGAGAUAAAGGCAAAGAAAAACUGAAAUGCAAAAUUGCUGGGAAUGCAAUACAGAUAAAGGAAGAGCUUAAGAGCAUUGGAUCGAUUUACAAAGUGCAAGUUUGCUGGUCAAAUUUACAGUUAAAGGGAGCAUGGCAUUUAAUGUCAAUUCACAUGAAGCACACCAGUACAAAUCAAGAAAUGUGGCUAAAUUUUGAUUGUUGGAUGAAACCUAAUGAAGAUAAAUGUGUGGAACUUCCAGCCAUGUACUCCAUUAAAGAUCCUAAGCCUGUUGUGGAGUAUAUACUCUAUUUUCACACUGGGGAUGUAAAAAAUGCUGGUACCACUGGUAAAAUUACUAUUUGCAUAGAAGGAGAAAACGGAGACACCGGAAGAAGAAUUCUGGAUGUUGCUGGCAGUGAUUUACUUUCAUUAACUAGAGGGCAGGUGGAUAUAUUUCGCAUUAAAGCUGUGCAUCUUGGUAAGCUUCAUAAAAUAACAGUUGGAUUCAGCAGCCCUAAGAAAGAUCCCUGGUUUCUCGAAAAGAUUAUUGUGAAAGAUGAGGAGUUUUCUUCAGCAAACUACAUGUUUAGUCACAAUGAAUGGUUUGUCUGCAAAUCUGACAGAGAAUUUACCGAGGCUAUAAUUCCAUUAAAAGAAAUCAGUGCAAAUGUAACUAAGGUAAAAUCUUUCAGUACUACAACAAAGGGAAAGUGGCAACUGAAAGUGCUGGGAACCAACACAGGAGAAGAGAAAGAGGAUCUUUCUAUUGUUGUAUUUGGGAAACAGGGCAAAUCUCCCAAACAGAAAGUAAAGAACCUGAAUUAUGAGCCUUUUAUGCUGAAUAUAGAAGGCAUUGGGGAGAUAAUAAAGAUUUCAUUCUUAUACAAGACUGGAAGAAAAGUUCAGCUGCACAAGGUUCGUUUGAAAGACAUGGAUACCAAACAGGAGAUAGGCUUCUAUAUAAAACACAUUUCUCAUGAAGAUGGUAUGGAGUCUGUGACAGAACUAGCAGCCGUCCUUCCUAACAUACAACCUCUCACAGAUGUUUCUUAUUCAGUGAAUAUCAAGACUAGUAACUUUCCUGCAUCUGACACAGAGGCUGAUGUCUUUAUCACAAUAUAUGGAGGCAAUGGAGAUACUUGCCAAAGGAAGCUGACACCCUUAUCAUACCCUGGGGUUUUAGAAAAAGGGGAGGUAAAUGUUUUUAAAAUAAAGGCAGUAGACCUUGGCAUGCUGACCAAAGUACACAUUGAACACAAAGCUGUGGGUUAUGGAGCCGGAUGGUUUCUAGACCAAAUCACCAUAGAGGACUCACAAAACAAGGGGCCCAAAUAUGUGUUUCCGUGUCAGCAAUGGUUGGAUAGUAGUAUUGGCGAUAAGCAGACUUCCAGGAACCUUAAACUUCUUGGAAAGGUCAACAGAACAACUAAGAGGCUGCACAAAGGCACUGUGGAUAUAUUUGUCAGUACUUCUGAUGUCUCAAACGGUUCUGCAAAGUGUGCAGUGUUUUUAACAAUUUGCUGUGAAAAAGGGAACUAUGAUCCAGUUAUAUUUGCAAGAGGAUCUCUAAAACAAGGAGUCACAAUUGAAAGUUCAGUGGACCUUAGCCAAAACCUUGGAGCUAUACGCAAAGUUCGGCUGCAGAUGGAAGAUGAUGCAAGUGAAGAAAGCUGGUAUUGCAAAGAGGUGCUGUUGCAGCAUAAACAAACCAAAGAUAGACUUGAAUUCCCAUUUUGCCAACAUUUUACAAGCGAUGGAAACAACCUCGUAGCUGAGCUUCCUGCUCUAUUCCCUGAUGGACCUAUAUCAACAGUGAAGACAUAUACUAUAUUUAUAACAACUGCACAGUCAUCAAAGAAAACCACCGAUGCAAGUAUGUUUAUUACCUUACAUGGAAACUUAGGUGACAGCGGACAAAGAAAGUUCCUCUUUAAAGGCAAUGUUUCUGGAAAACAACAGGGCUCUGGAUUUCAGCUGGAAGCAGUUGACCUUGGUGUAAUACAGGAAUUGACAAUAUCUCAGGAGAAACAAACAAUAUUUCAACUGGAAAAGGUGGUAGUUGAGGAAGAAAUGCUUAUAAAGAAAUCAUAUGUAUUUAUGGCUCAGCAGUGGGAACAAAAAGAUAACAAAAUGAUGGCCAUGACUCUGCAAGUGACUGAAACAAUAGAACAAAACAACUCAUUGGCAAUGCUGAACGGAAGCAAUCGUAUGGCAUCAGAUGGUGAGUGGAACAUUUGUUUGAAUGAAUUCAAUAAAGAAGAACAUACAGAGCCGGCAGAAUAUAACAUAGUUAUUUUGCUUUAUGGAGAAAAGGGCAAGUCGAAGCCCUUUGUAUUAAAAAGAAAAGAAGGCUCUCAAGUUAAAGGCAUACUUUCAUACAAGUUAAAUCUUAAAUAUGAUUUGGGAUUAUUAUAUAAAGUGAGAUUGGGCCUUGAGGAUGAGAAAGACAGAGGAGCAUUAUCUUUCUUUUACUUUAAAAUGCAACACACAAAAACAAUGGAUACAUUCCUUUACUCCAACAAAACACGUCCGUUAUCAUUUGAUGAAGACAGAUGGAUUGAAUUCCCAGUGGAAUGGCCACUGAGAUCCUCCCUUUCUGUGGUUAAAUAUACUGUAGCUGUAUUUUGUCCUGACAUGCUGAGCUGGAAAGAUGGAUCGUAUAUGUCUGUGUGUUUGCAUGGGAAGAAUGGAGACACGGGAGACAGACGACUUGCUUGGCACAAUUCCCAGGGCACAAAAGAUGAGCCACUUACAGCUACAUUAGAUGCGGUUGAUCUUGGAGAAAUGCAUCAUGCUGACAUUUCAAUGAGCAGCAGAAAUGACCUCCAGAUACAUAUUCAAAACAUGCACGUGAAGGAAUCCUUGAGGAACAAUCUCUAUAUAUUUGAAGUAAAUAAUGACUUCAAAAUCAGCAGAAACAAGGGGGAAAUCAGGAAAGAAGUCCUUGUCUCCCAGGUUAUCCUUAACAAAAAUGCUGACUUCAAUCAAGAGAAGCCAUUUAUCCUGGAUCAGAAGAAGGAUGCCGAAGAGGAGCAAGAGGAUCAUUUAGUUAAAGUGUACACUGGGGAUGCAAGAGGAGCAGGAACAGAUGCCAAUGUGCAAAUUGUUUUAAUCGGUGAUCAGUGUUCAUCAGAAAGUGUUCAGCUUAUUCAUCCACUGGAACAUCAAAAUCCUUUUGAGAGAGGAAAGGUUGAUACAUUUAAAAUUGCAACAAAGGCCUUGGGAAGGAUCCAAAGUAUCGACAUAGGUCAUGAUGGAAAGGGGUUUGGGAGUGGCUGGUUCUUAGACAAGGUUGAGAUCAUACACAUGGCAACAAAUAGUAAGAUCGUCUUUAUGUGCAACAGGUGGCUGGCUGAAGAUGAGAAUGAUGGCAGAACAAGGAUAACCUUAUACUCAUAGCUGGUCUUUUGGAAGAAAAGAACAAAAGCAGCAAAAAACGCAGAAAUGAAAUGCUAAUCAUUUGAACACUAUAGAAUGAAAGCCACUGGAUUAGUUGUUUAGAACAGGUCCAUCUUCCCUCAAUUAAAUGUUUAUUUAAA